AUGGCAACAAAUCGAAGAGUAACUGGAGAAUCUCAAGUGGGUAAUUCAUUUGAAGGAUUACUUAAAACUGAUAAUAUAUUUUUAUUUGUACCAAAUAUAAUUGGUUAUGUACGUGUUUUUCUUUCGAUUCUUUCAUUUUAUUUUAUGCCAACACAUCCAACUAUUACAAUUGUAUGCUAUUUAACAAGUGAAUUUCUUGAUGCACUUGAUGGACAUGCUGCUCGAGCACUUGGCCAAUGUACGAAAUUUGGUGCUAUGUUUGAUAUGUUAGUUGAUCGAUGUUCAACAAUGUGUUUAUGUUUUGUUUUGGCUAUGUUUUAUCCAAAAUGGGCACUUUUCUUUCAACUUUGGGCUGCAAUUGAUGUUGCUAGUCAUUGGCUUCAUUUACAUGCUGCAACAGUUAAAGGUUCAGAUAGUCAUAAGAAAAUUGAUCUUUCAGGCAAUCCUAUUCUCCGUCUUUAUUAUACAUCACGUAAAGUUCUUUUUACAAUGUGUGCUGGUAAUGAACUUUGGUUUUCAAUGGUCUAUCUACUUCAUUUUGGUGAAGGACCUGCAGUAUUAUCAUUUGGUGGUUAUUCAGUUGGUCUCUGGCGUGUUAUUCUCUAUGCUGUAACACCAAUCAUGGUAUUAAAACAAAUAAUCAGUUUAAUUCAUCUUUAUACUGCCGCACUUGAUAUGGCUGCAAUUGAUGAAGCUGAACGAGCAAAUAAGCCAAAGCCUAAUUAA